GAGCCGCAGCGCUGAGGUGAGGUCCUGCUCUUCAGUAGCGCCGGGUUCCUGCGGAGGAAACAACCAUGAGAGAGUAGCUAGCAUGCACCGACAAUUAAUGUAAAUGGCGACCGUUAAAAGGAAAUUGUAUCAGCGUUUGCUGGUCUUUGUUUUGCUUCCAAUCUCAGGUGUUUUAUGCUUUAGUGAGUUAUUUUUCGUCAAAGAGCCCCACGAUGUCACCGUCAUGCGGAAAGAAACGGUGAUUUUGGACUGCCAGGCUCGUGGGGAGGCGCCCAUCGACGUCAGAUGGCUCAAGAACGGAGUAAAAGUUGUGGAGAGCGAACGGGUGUACCUGCUCUCCAACGGCUCCCUUUAUAUUUCGGAGGUGGAGAGCAGAAGAGGAGACAAAUCAGAUGAAGGGUUAUAUCAGUGCCUCGCUCAGAACAAGUAUGGAGCAAUCUUGAGCCAGAAAGCCCGUCUUACAAUCGCAAGUAUCUCCUCAUUUGCAAUCCAGCCAACGUCCAUAGUGGUGACUGAAGGCUCAGUUGCCAGGUUUUCCUGUAAAAUCAGUGCACACCCUCCUCCCAUCAUCACUUGGGAGUUCAAUCGGGUCACAUUACCCCUCGCCACUGAGAGAAUCACAGUCCUUCCCAGUGGUGUUCUUCAGAUCCACGGGGUGCAGCGAGCAGAUGCUGGAAACUACCGCUGCAUCACCACCAACAUAGCCAGCCGCCGGCGAAGCACUGAGGCAACGCUCACUGUCACCCCAGCUCCCAGCCCCCCGCUCCCCCAGAGACCACGCAUCAUUGCCGGACCACAGAACAUUUCAGUGUCUCUGCACCAGAGUGCCAUCCUGGAGUGCAUGGCCACAGGCAAUCCCCGACCUAUCAUCUCCUGGAGCCGAGCAGACAGCAAGUCCAUUGAUGUUUACAACACCAAAGUGUUGGGAAAUGGCAACCUCAUCAUCACAGAUAUCAAGCCCCAGCAUGGAGGGGUCUAUAUGUGCAGAGCGACCACUCCCGGCACGCGAAACUAUACCGUGGCUUCAGCUAAUGUCACCGUUCUAGCACCUCCUUCUUUGGUGGAGUGGCCAGAGAGCGUGACCCGUCCACGUGCUGGCACUGCCCGCUUUGUGUGCCACGCUGAAGGAGUUCCAGCGCCUCAGAUCACCUGGUUCAAGAACGGAGAGAGAGUCCACUCCAACGGUCGAAUCAAGAUGUACAACACCAAAUUGGUCAUCAACCAGAUCAUCCCAGAGGAUGAUGCCAUCUAUCAGUGCCAGGCAGAGAACGAUCAGGGGUCAGUUGUGUCCAUGGCGCGGCUCAUUGUGGUGAUGUCAGAGGACCGACCAAGUGCCCCCAGGGGUAUCCGAGCUGACACGGUGUCGAGCUCUGCCAUCCUCCUGGCCUGGGAGAGACCCCUGUUCAACUCAGAUAAAGUUAUCGCCUACUCUGUGCACUACAUGAAGGCUGAAGGAUUAAACAACGAGGAAUAUCAGGUUGUCAUUGGAAACGAUACAACUCGCUACAUUAUUGAUGAUCUGGAGCCGGCUCGGAACUACACCUUCUACGUGGUGGCCUACAUGCCCAUGGGAGCCAGCCGCAUGUCGGACCACAUAUUCCAGCACACGCUCGAGGAUGUUCCCCUUCGUGCUCCGGAGCUCAGCCUCACCAGCCGCAGCCCCACAGACAUCCAGGUGUCCUGGCAGCCUCUUCCAGACAAACUGAGUCGUGGUCGAGUGUCCGGCUACCGCUUGUCCUAUCGCACCAGCUCCGAGACUGCAGUUUCACAGAUAGAACUACCUGGAGAAAUAACCCAGCACCUCCUGGAAAAGCUGCAGCCUGACACGAUCUACCUUCUGCGCAUUGUUGCUGCCACCAGCAUAGGGUGGGGGGAGCAGUCCGCCUGGACAUCUCACCGCACUCCAAAGGCGUCCAGUGCUCGAGUUCCUCUGUCACCGGAGCUGCAUUUGGAGCCUUUAAACUGCACCACUAUUUUGGCGCGCUGGACGUUGGCACCCAGAAACUCAGUCGGUGUGCAAGGCUACAAACUGUUCUACCACGAGGAGAGCCAGCCUGAGAGCGCCCCGGUUAAGCUGCUCUCCUCCGUUACCACGCACACCAUCGGAGGCCUCGAUCCAAGGAAGAAGUACCACGUUAAGCUUCUGGCUUAUAAUGCUGUCGGUGAUGGUUACCAGGCAGACCAGACCAUCAGCACCCCUGGAUGUGUCUCUGUUCGUGACCGCCUGGUGCCUCCUCCACCUCCGCCACACAACGUGUACGCCAAGACCAACAGUUCGACUGCUGUGUUCCUGCACUGGGGCCGACCAGCCUUCACCUCGAGCCAUGCCAUUAACUACACCGUCCGCUGCAACCCAGUCGGCCUGCAGAACGCCUCCCUGGUGCUCUACCUGCAAACGCAUGAGCAGAACCUUCUAGUGCAAGAUCUGGAGCCCAAUACAAAAUAUGAAUUUGCCAUUCGCCUACAUAUUGACCAGCUGUCCAGCCCCUGGAGCCCUGUGGUCUAUCAGACAACUUUCCCUGAAGCUCCAAACCAACCUCCUUCCAAUGUCAAAGUGACUCUGAUUGAGGAGGACACAGCACUUGUUUCAUGGAAGCUUCCAGAUGAGCCCAACGUAGCUGUGACUCAUUACACAAUCCUGUACGCUUCGAGAAACGCCUGGAUAGCUGGAGAAUGGCAAGUGCUGCAGAGAGAAGGGAGCAUCACCAUGGCUCUGCUGGAGAACCUGAAGCCUGGCCAGAUCUACUUGGUGAAAGUUUCUGCGUCUAACAACAUGGGCGAUGGACCGUUUUCUCACGCGGUGGAGCUGUCGAUCAGAGCAGAUUUCUCCUCCGGUAACGAUCUCCGGGUCUCGCACGGCUCCACACACUCCACAGGUUUUUCUGAUAGCUUCUACCACCUGGACCAGAAGUCAAUGACAGGCAUCAGUGUGGGAGUCUGCAUCGCUCUCAUCUGCAUCAUCAUCUGUGCCUUCAUCAUUGUCUGCAGAGGCAAAAACAGGAAAUUCUCAGCUGUUAAAACCUACAGACAGGGAGUGAGCACACCUGGAGCAGCUGCAGGACAUCUGGGCUCUGAAGGGCAAGCUGAGAACGCUGACGUCACCGUGCCAAUAAUGAGAGAAAGCCGUUUCAUCGAUACCAAGGGUGGAACAAAUCUCCUCAUCAAUUCUCUGGGCCCUGUUCAGUAUAGCACUGAGAAGAAAAAGAAAUGGGGUUUCUUCAGCAGCAAUGUAAAAAAGGACAGUGAAACACUGCAGAGUAUGAGACGACCCGUCAUCUCCUACCAGCCAGGCAGCACCGUGUUGACCUUUGAGGAGGAACUGUCCAUCUCUCCAGACCAGGUUGCCUCCAUGCAGGGCCUCCUCUGUCGGCCGGGCGACACCGAGGGAUCUUCUACCAGCGAGGGCAGCCACGCCACCGGGGACUCGGGUCGCUACUCCCACGAUGAGACAGAGUUGACCAACCUGUCGUCUGGUCCCAGCAGCCGACCCCCCUCUCUGACAGCGGAGGACAGCGGAGACUCUGACUGCAGCGGUCCUGCUGGAGAGACGAACGAAGAGCUGUCGGAGGAGAGUCAGAUUGACCUGAAGGUGAUGGAGGCUGUCGAUCCUGGCUGCUGUCAUCAUGAAGCCCAGAGCAGUUCUCGGGCUGCACUUUCCGUCUAAGCGUGGGAGGCAUGUCUGUCGGGUUUUUUGUGUGCCUGUGUGUGUGUGUGUGUGUGUGUGUGUGUGUGUGUGUAUGCGUGUGUGAGUGAAGGCAGCGGUACUCUAGCAGAACAUUUCUGUAGAAAAACAGUUCACGUUACAGGAAAUAUUCAGAAAAAGCUACAGGAAUAGUUUAACCUGUGACAUACACUAACUUGCCAGUUAAUUAAGCACACUAAUAAAAAAUAAAUACAUUCUAAUAUAAGCUUAUCAAGGUAAUAUAACCCACAUUUUCUCUCUCUCUAACAUGUCAUUGCUCAAUAGUUAAAUCUGUGCUAAAACCACGUCCUGAAUUAAUGGUGGGUCAUGUAGUCUCAGCAGUCUGGUUGCCUAGCGACAGUGCAGUCUGUUAAUCAGACGAUCUUUGUUUUUCCUUCAUUUCCAAAAACACAAGUAGUCGUGGUAUUUUCAACCUUGGUACGGAGCCAUGAUUCUGUACCUGUUCCUACACUUUGCUCUAAUCUUUGCUCAGUUGAAAUCUGCAAGAGAAAAGGCAACAAUAAUGGCAACAAAUACAAACAACAGAGAAAUAGAAGGAGUUUUGAUGUUCCAAGUCAGCAAAUGAACCUAUGGAUAUUGCUCCUUUGCAAGUGUACUGCAGGCCUGAAUGUCAGUGUGAGAGUUCUGUGUGUGUGAAAGAGAGACAGGUGUAAAAGAAGCAAAGAGGGACAUUUUGUUCACCUUUAUCCCCUUUUGUUCCAACCCACAAAACGGGAAGGGUAAUUCGAUUUCUUUUCCUUCUUUCUUUUUCUUCCAGUGAAUGUCUUUUUUUUUUUUUUUUUAAUUUUCUCUUUAUUUGUUUGUGUAUAUUUUGAAGAAAAAAAAAUCUCACCCACUAUGAAUGUUUAAAAAAAGAUUGUCGAAAAUGUCAACGGGGUGGCAUUUCUGAAGUUAUUUAAGAGAGUUUAUCACUGGAGUGAAAGGGAAGCAUGGGUCCCUUUUGCUGAUUAUCUACCUCGGUUUGCCUCUAGGUGAACUUUCCACUGUAUAUUUAAUAACCACUUAUACCUAUGUUAUGGGAUGUGGCUGCUUCGGCCACAUUGCAUUUUAUACUUCCUGAUGACUUUUUUCUCAUUGUCGUCCUGUUUUGUCCGUUUCUUUCUCUUUGUUCUGAUUUACAGGGUGGUAAGGGCGCUGCACUUUUCUCCUCUCGCUCCACCUGUUGUGUGGGUUGAAGGACUUUAAACACACACAUACCGUUUGUUAUUUAUCUCCUCAGAUGUUGCUGAGGUACUGAGCCAGUAUUAAUAAUAUUCUUUUGUCCAUUAUUGAGUAAUGGCGUGAAAGAAAUGAUGAAUGUCUACUUUUGUUUUUUGUAUAUCAGUGCGCAGCAGCCCUUGCUACUCCUGCUUUAUACUACCUCGUUUAAGAAUUAAUUUUAUUGUCUUGUUUUCCUAAACUCAGGGAACAAGGUUUAGUACCUUUGAAAAGUCAUGUAGUGUUACAUGGUGAACUGACAGGGUAUCUUCUCAGUACUAAACCGUUGUAGUGUGUAAUUGCCUAAUAGAAAAUACUAUGAAUGUAUCUCUGACAUCGUGCCAGUAGCUCAGAAGUUUGUGCUGCCCUCCCCACAGAUGUAGUUUGUCCUCAGGUCGGUUUUUACAACAAGCUCCUGUGUUUGUUGAUGACUUCAUUUUAUAUAUGCGUAAAGAUUCACACCAGAAGUGCUUGCAAGCGGCAUGUCGGUAAAGAAAAGCUUUAUAAUUGGCCUUAAUGUGGACUGCGCCCCUCAGAUGCCGUAACCAAAGCCUAAUCUUUCUGAGGGAGCAGCUCCACGUGAGGAAGCAACACAUGAAGAAUGAUUGUAGUGAAAGCAAUGGAAGUGUUUAAUCAGAGAUUGAAGUGAAGAACUGAAUGAACACCGUGAAAUGUUUUACCUCUAAGAAAUCUAUAUUUUUGUUAGAUGACAGUGUACUUCUGAGUACUCUUUGUAGUUCCUUUUGUUCCAAGUAUGCUUUGCUUUGCUUUGCUGUAGAGUAGGUAAAGAUUAGCACUUGUCUGCCAAGUAGUUCUAUAUUACAGGCCAAUGUGCAGCGGUGACUGUGAUGCUAUUAUCCAAAGAGUUGUUUGCUAAUUGAGUUUUUUUUAAGUCACUCAACGAAUCUCUGGCAGAAGGUUACUGAGGAUUGUGAAAUGUUGGAAUCACAUUAGACCAAAGAUGAAACUCUGCCUUGGAGAUGAGUUGAGGUGCUGCUCCUCGAACGAAGCCUUGCACAUUAGUGGCCUUGACCCACGACACACAAGCGUGUGGAGAGUUGUGGGUUAAAACUCCGAGGAAGUGCCAGUAGGAUUCACAGGCACUUAAUGGAGUGACAAUUAAUAAUCACAGUUAUGCACACCAACCAAAUUAUCCUGAGUUCCUCCUGAACUGCUGCAAACAGAUGCCUGUACAUUGUAGGGGAAUAUUAUAAGAAUGAAUACAGUAUAUUAUAUUGAUUAGUUGUCUGUGUUGCAGCGGUGCAGUUGUGUGUGAAUGAGCAUCCACUGAUUUUUCUCAUGAAUAAGUGAAAAAUAAUUUACAGAGUGAUUUUAAAUUUUUUGAAGAGUACUUUAUAAAUUACAUCUCUAAUUAUAUCAAAGUCAAAUGCUUUUAUUUUGGUAAUAAUCCCUUUAAACUCAGUUUUCAGGUAUUUUAUGGGAUAAGAGUGAUUGUAGAAACAUCAGUGGAUGCACAGAUGUUCUCACAUUUCUGUGUUCUUAAUCAGAGGAUUUUGCAGAGGAUUCAAUCAUGGGAAAGUUUGGGGAAAAGUGACACAAUCAGUUUAACUUCCUUUUAAAAAGCAAACAACAUGAACCAAAGAAUUUUUUCAAGGUCACCGUUGCAUAUUGGCAAGAGAUCAGUUUAAAAGCAUCCUGUCUUUGUGUGUCAUUUUCAGUGUUCUCAUUUUAUAAUAACGAUGAAUGCUGUGUAGUAGGACAAAACAUUACGUGUUUCCUCAUCAUUUAUUUCCACAAAUGUCAAGUUUUGCUCGUUCAAUCGUUUGCUCGCGUAAUCCUGCUUUUCUGUAAAAGACAUUUCUAUUUUAAUUUGAAUCUGUUCAUGUAUCAUGUAUCAUCAGAGCUCUGAAGGCCCAGUUCACAACCUGAAGACACCAUGUUUAUUUUGUGAACUCUAAACGGUGUUGUGGUGAUGUUGUGCAGUGAAGAUAAUAACCUCCGUCUUCACGAUAGUCACGAAGGUUUUGAACUGGGUCUUCAGUAGCUCAUGCAGAAACAUAUGUGCUACCUCAGUUUUCCAUUAUUCUUGUGUUAGGUUAAUGGGUUGUUGAUGUCGGUAUCAUUGAGGUCAUCAAACACUGUACCCAGAAUGUUGGUCUGCUGCUUUUCAUGUCAUUAAAUUGUGUUAUGUUCUUGUCCGAGCAUGUGAAUUUAAAGGGAUUAAACUGAUGCUGUUUGUUCUCCCUUUUGCAGUAAUGUUGAAAUAAUGUGUGGUGGAGCGCUGGGGGUCAUUUACAGUCAGACUCAGGGGGACCCACAGCUGCUCCACCUCGAGCAGGACGCAGGUUUUUACGUCUUGAAAUUGAAUGUACCUUUUUGUAAUUAUUACGUUAUCUGAUAUUUUUCUGUUAAUGUUUUGUUACAUUUUGUCCGCAUCAGUAAACUUAGUUGGUUUUUGCCAAUAAUGUUUAGUUAGGAGAUUUUAGACAGAGGUUAAUUAUGAAAAAUGUCUGAUUCUCAGUUUAAAUAAAAGUACAAAAAAUG